UCGAGAGAGUCGAUGAUGACAAGGCAAUCCACGUGUAUAUAUUAAUUCUCUCGCAGUCGCAGGAACAACAGUCCUAUGUGGUCUCAACUCUGAACCAUCAUCCGACCAAAGGUGUCACCUGAAUCCAUCCGUGUAUUUCAACACUCAGUUCUCUUCUCUGUUCCCUUUCUUAUUGUGAUGUUUGUUCUAUACUCUAGUUUUUUGGGUGAAUAAUAAUAAAUGCUUCUUCAGAUUUUACUUUGAAGCUUCAUGGGUAGUGCUUCUUCUAUGCUGACUCAAUAUGACAUCGAAGAAGUUCAAGAACACUGCAACAAUCUAUUUUCACAGCAGGAAAUAGUGUCCUUGUAUCAAAGGUUUUGUCAACUUGACCGCAGCGCAAAAGGGUUUAUUUCAGCAGAUGAGUUUAUGUCUGUCCCUGAGUUUGCUAUGAAUCCACUUUCUCAGAGACUGCUUAAGAUGGUGGAUGGUUUGAAUUUUAAGGACUUCGUGGCCUUCUUGUCUGCAUUCAGUACCAAAGCUAGUGCAUAUCACAAAAUAGAACUUAUUUUCAAAGUAUAUGAUUCAGACCGUAAUGGAAAGGUGUCUUUCAAAGAUAUGCUGGAAGUAUUAAACGAUUUGUCUGGUUCAUUCAUGUCUGAUGAACAAAGAGAGGAAGUCCUGGGCCAAGUUCUCGAAGAAGCAGGAUACUCAAAAGACUCCUAUUUGACAUUGGAUGACUUCAUUAAGGUUCUUGGCCAAUCUGACCUAAAAAUGGAUGUUGAAGUCCCUGUUGAUUAAAACAGCCAGCAGUUUUCCCUGUUCUCUUGGGAAGAUAAAUAUUGUAAACUGUGUUCAUGCGAUUCUUGUAAAAUAGUUUCAUGUGGAAAUGAAAAAAAUGCACAGAUACUGUUGUCUCUUUUC